AUGCCAAGUGUAAGUGACUCUCAAGUAGAAGUAGAAGAAGUUGAUUUAGAGAUGGGUGAUCGGUUAGAGGACAUGAUAUGUGAUGCAAGAAAUGGGUGGACUGAUAAAAGCUUCACAGAGUUGCUUGAGUUGUUGAGUGACAUGCUUCCUGAAGGUAACACAUUGCCAACACGCAAUUAUGAUGCGAAGAAGAUAUUGUGUCCCAUGGGUAUGGAGUAUAAAAAAAUUCAUGCAUGCCCAAAUGAUUGUAUUUUGUACAAGAGCGAGUUUGCCAAGUUACAUCAAUGUCCACAAUGUGGGGUAUCACGAUACAAACAAAAAGAGGGUGAGUUUGAAUGUGAUAGUAAGGGUCCUCCUGCAAAAGUCUUAUGGUAUCUUCCUCUUGUUCCACGAUUGAAACGCUUGUUCAGUAACUCAAAUGAUGCAAAACUCAUGAGAUGGCAUGCAGAUGGACGUAUAAAAGAUGGGAAUUUGAGGCAUUCAGCAGAUGCAAUGCAGUGGAAGAAUUUUGAUUCCAUGUUCCCUAAUUUUUGUAAAGAUUCAAGAAACAUUAGGUUUGGACUUGCUACAGAUGGAAUGAAUCCAUAUGGAAACUUGAGCAGUAAACAUAGCUCGUGGCCUGUGAUGUUAGUGAUUUACAAUUUACCUCCAUGGUUGUGUAUGAAACGCAAAUAUGUGAUGUUAUCCUUGAUGAUCUCGGGUCCAAGACAACCAGGAAACGACAUUGAUGUUUAUUUAGCCCCAUUAGUUGAAGAUUUAAAGAUGUUAUGGGAGGAAGGUGUUGAUAUGUUUGAUGGGUACACUGGUGAUUCAUUCAAGUUGCAUGCCAUGGUAUUUUGUACUAUCAACGACUUUCCAACUUAUGGUAAUUUAAGUGGCUAUAGCACUAAGGGUCAUAAAGCAUGCCUUAUAUGUGAAGAAGGCACAUGUCAUCUUCAAUUACAGCAUGGAAGGAAAACAGUAUACCUUGGACAUCGAAGGUUUCUUAGUACAAACCAUCCAUAUCGUAAAUUAAAGAAAGCAUUUGAUGGGUGUCAAGAAAAUGAAUUAGCUCUAAUGGCUUUAAGUGGAUCACAAGUAUAUGACCGUGUGAAGGACAUUGGGGUUGUUCUUGGAAAGACACAAAAAAAAGGCACUUCAAGCAACAUAUGGAAGAAAAGGUCAAUUUUCUUUGAUCUCCCAUAUUGGAGGGUGCUUGAUGUCAGACAUUGUUUAGAUGUUAUGCAUGUAGAGAAAAAUGUUUGUGAUAGUAUUAUCGGAACGCUCCUCAAUAUUCAAGGGAAAAUGAAAGAUGGACUCAAUGCUCGGUUGGACCUGGUUGAAAUAGGUAUAAGAGAAAAAUUAGCUCCAAUAUCACAUGGUAAGCGAACAUACUUGCCUCCAGCAUGUCACACAUUGUGUAAACAAGAAAAAAGAAGUUUUUGUGAAUUUUUACAAGGUGUGAAAGUUCCACUGGGUUACUCUUCUAAUUUUAAACGAGUUGUAUCCAUAAAAGAUCAUAAAUUACUUGGGUUAAAAUCUCAUGAUUGUCAUGUAUUGAUGCAACAACUACUACCAGUAGCUAUUCGGGGCAUAUUGCCUAAGAAUGUUAGAUACACAUUUGAUGGGGAAGUGCAUACCUAG